AUGGGCAUCAGAACUGUGGCUGUGCAUUCUGACGUUGACUCAGGAUCCCUCCACGUGAAACUAGCAGACGAGGCUGUUUGUGUAGGUCCGGCUCCCACAAGUGAAUCGUAUCUCCGUGCAGAUAAGAUUCUGGAAGCUGUGAAACAAACUGGCGCUCAAGCUGUUCAUCCUGGAUAUGGCUUUCUUUCUGAGAAUACGAAAUUUGCUGCUGAACUAGAAAAGAGUGGUGCGGUGUUCAUCGGUCCCAACUCAAAGGCUAUCCUUGACAUGGGAGACAAAAUCCACUCCAAGAAGAUCGCUACAGCCGCUAAGGUGUGUCUUUUACAUGAUCAGUUGUGUAAUGUUUUGUAA